ACCGCUGGAGCCCUGAAUGGGGCAGGCAGGAACAGGGACCGUCUGAAGGCGGGGCGACACGUGACUGCAGGUGAAACAGGAGGAGCUGCUUACUCAACAGGGCCCUCUUUUGUUCUUCCUUCCUUCCCUCUUUCCCCACCUCCUCUUCUCACGCUGACUUCUCUCCUGGCUGCCACCGGAGUUUCCACGCUGUCUCCCGGCAAGACCCGUCUCCGGAUCCGGCAUCUCAAGAGCGCACCUGGAGAGGAAGCCGAAGCUAGGAGGGAACUGGGAUUCGGAGACAGACCAGAGCCCCUUCUCCACCCAGCUCAGAGGGACUGGGAGGGGGUCAGCGCACGAGGAUCACCAAACGGAGCAGCAGGAGACAGAGGGGUCCAGCUUCGGACAGAUGCCGUCAGAUUGAAUUUCGUAACCUUUUUUCGUCCAAUGCCUCUGCGGAUUUGGAAAGUCAAGGGUGGAGGUGAAGAAAGUGGAUUGUUGGAAAGUUUCUGACCGAGGAUCGGCCAAGGCUGUUGUCUUUUGGGAGGGUGACAGGCCUCCGGUUGUUUCUACUGCCUCUGAUCUGCUUCCAAGAGUUUGGGAAGAGAAAGACUCUGGGACCGAUUUGGGGACUCAUCUGCGCUUUCUGUUCUACAAGAUGAGAUGAGGAACCAGCUAAGAAAUAGGAACUGGACAUCUGAAGACUGUGAAGCAUCAGAAAACUUAGCAAAAGCCAAACAAGGGAAGAGUUUCUAAGAACUUUUGAAAGAGCUAGAGAACGCUAUUAGCUGCUACUAACUGUCCGACUCAGGAAUACCUACCACUAAAUUAUUUCUUUACGUGUCUAACCUUUUAUUUAUUCUUGGUGGACUAGUCUCUCCUCCUGGUUUUGAAUCCAGCCAUGGCUUUCUCCCAGGUUCAGUGUCUGGACGACAGCCACGUCAACUGGAGAUCCAGCGAAUCCAAACCAGAAUUCUUCUACAGCGAGGAGCAGAGGUUGGCCUUGGAAGCUCUGGUAUCAAAAGGGCCAGAAGCUUUCUACGAAGUUCUCAAGAAGGAGAGCAUUCGGGACUUCCUCUCCGAGCUGGAGCUCAAAAAAGUCUUGGAGACCUUGGAAACCUACGACCCUGGUGCCGAAUAUCCCCCCAAGGACAAGAGUGGCUGUGUGGACUGCAGCAGCCAGACUGAUGACCAGGGCCCAGGGCCUUCUUUGGAAUACUGGCCGGAAAGGUCUGACCGAUCCAUCCCGCAACUGGACCUCGGCUGGCCAGAGGCCAUUGCUUACCGUGGGGUUACCCGGGCUGCAGUCUACAUGCAGCCACCCAUUGACUACCAGCCCCACAUCAAAGAGGUUGUGCGCAAGAUGAUCUUCCAGGCUCAGAAGGUUGUAGCAGUGGUCAUGGACAUGUUCACAGACGUCGACAUCUUCAAGGACCUCCUGGAUGCAGGCUUCAAGCGGAAAGUGGCCAUCUACAUCAUCAUAGAUGAAUCCAACCUGAAAUAUUUCCUCCAGAUGUGCGAGCGAGCCCAGAUGCACACCGGCCACCUGAAGAAUCUCCGUGUUUGCACCAUUGGAGGGACCGAGUUUUUCACCCGCUCAGCCAUGAAGUUCAAGGGUGCCUUGGCUCAGAAGUUCAUGUUUGUGGACGGGGACAAAGCCAUGUGUGGCUCUUACAGCUUCACCUGGUCAGCUGCAAGGACCGACCGGAAUGUCAUUUCCGUCCUUUCGGGACAGGUGGUUGAGGCCUUUGACAAGCAGUUCCAGGAGCUGUACCUCAUGUCUCGGAGCAUCAGCCUAAAAUCCAUCCGCAUGGGAGAGGAACCGGAACCCGAGCCGGUCAUCCUGCCCUCUGUUAUCCCAGUGAGCCCGGCCAACUCCACGGCCAAGAAGAUGGUCAAUCCGAAGUACGCCCUCGUCAAGGCGAAAAGCACCGAGCAGAUGGUCAGUGGCAAAGCCAGCAGUGACAAGAUUCUCACCGAACAACAACGGGCAGAAGCCCAAAGCAAGGUCAUCCCCGAAGGCCGCGUGUCCGAGCGGCCCAGCAACCCUGUCGAGAUGGUGCCGCCUGUCCACCCGGGGCUCCUCAACCUGGAGAGGGCCAACAUGUUUGAUUACCUGCCCACGUGGGUGGAGCCUGACCCAGAACCCGGAAGCGAGGUUCUGGGCUACAUCAACAUUAUCGACCCCAAGGUGAAGAACAUUCAGCUGUCCCAAAUCAACCGCAUCAAGGUGUGCGACAUCUCCAAGGCCAGCACCCGGCACAGGCAGAUGCUCAAGCAAGAGGCCCAAGAGGCCAAGAGCAAACCUGGCCAAGAACCUUCCCUGACUUCUCCCCCCCGGGUGGAAGCUGCCCCUUCCCCGGCCCAGAACCAGGAGCCUCCCCCAAAACCGUUGGCCACCAGCCCCACAGAAAAGACUCCCAAGAACCCAGUCAAUGGAGAGACAUUCGCCACUCUGGCCAACAACCAGCACUUGAAGCAACUGCUGGACCCCCAAGCAGAUGACGGAGGUGCUGCUUCCCCAGUCCCCAAACCAAGGGCAGUCCACGCGAUGGACCCGAUCUCCAAGAAAACAGGACCUGCGGAGGGAGCAGUGAUGGCAGAGGACCCUCUCGUACAUCAGCCAAGGACCAACACCACAAAUGCGUCACCCAAAGAAGGAACCACACAGAUUGCAAACCCAGGGAGCCGUCUCAAGGUGAGCAAGGAAACAGCUGGGACACAGGAAGGAAACGGCUUCCCUGUGAACGGGGUGCAAAGUGGUGAGGGGGAGGAGGAAGAGGAGGAAGACUACGUAACCUUCAGUGACCACGAGAGCCUGUCCAGCAGCUCCCCUACCCAUAGCUGCAACCCCUCCAACGCAUCCUUCCACUCCAACAAGCACGGGGGGCAAGACCACAUUUGCCUCCUGCGGAGGACCAACUCCGACUUCCUUCUCAACGGAGAGGGGCCCGGCCUUCACCACUUGCAAAGGAAACUGAGUGAGCCUCACAUCAGCCGGGGGACCUUUGUAAGCCCCCUGGGGAGCCCCCCGCCAAGGCUAACUCCACCUCUGGAGGAAGCCACACAGAGAAGGAGGCGGAAAAGUGACAGCAUGGAGGAGACGAGGUGCGUUUGGGAAAGGGGCCAUCACCUGCAUGCUUUACCUGAUGGCUACAUUACCUGUUCGAGCGAUGCUCCACAGAGGUCCCAGUUGUUCUGCUACGGAUCCAGGGUGCAGGUGUCGGCAGAAAGAGGCAAAAGCCGUCCCCAGCCGAGGAAAAGCCCAGAAGAGGGCAAGCGUCAGCAGGACAGAACUGGGGCCAAGAAACUCGCCCCAGGCCUCGUCAGCCCCUUGUACUGGCAAAAGAAAAACCUCGCCUCUGCCAAGAACGCCCAGCCCGGCCCCCUCUCCCACGGAGGUGGCGCCAGCGCCUCAAGAGCCGCUGGUCAAGUCCUGACCCCGUUCCACGAAGGCCACAGGGCCCCAAAAGAAAUGGGGACUCCGCUGGGCAUCCCUCUGUCCAAGCUGUCUCAGUCGAAGCACCUGAAGAGCAAGGCAUCCCAGUUGUCCGAGCCCAAAAGGAAGCCUGCGGGGACCGCCCACCCCAAGGAGCAGUAAGACCGCGGGAGACACCAAAACGACGAACGGGACGGCUGUUGCCCGCAGGAGGGGGCCGAGCAGCUUUGGAAUUACCUGGUCGGUACACCAGUACCAGGUGGCCAAGA